UUUUUUUUCACGCUAGUAACACUUUCGUACUGUUUUUUGACACGCCUUUCCGAUAAUCGUUUAAUUUUUAAUUAAAUUGUGUGUGGUUUUGUGUGUUAUUCAUCAUUAUUUGACACCAUGACGGACACCUACGGAACCCUGCCGUCGGGGGGCAUAACCCUCAAAUGGGACCCCAAGAAUCUGGAGAUCCGGACCACGUCGGUGGAGCGGACCCUGGAGCCCCUCGUGCUCCAGGUGACGACGCUUGUGAACAGCAAGGAUAAGCAGGCCAAGAAGAAGAGACCCGGCAAGUCCAAACGCGCCAGCGCUCUAGUGGCCACCGUGGAGCGAGCCACCGAGAUCUUCAUCGAGCGAGGGCAGACCAUCGCCUACGAGAACCCGGAGAUCACCAGGGAGAUGCUGGCCGCGGUGGAAGAAGUCCGGAAGGCUGGUGCUGCUAUGAGUCUCGCAGCGCGCGAAUUCUCCGAAGAGCCCUGCGCUUCAGCGGUCCGCUCCUCCAUGGUCCGCGCUGCCCGCAACCUGCUGUCAGCCGUGACCCGCCUCCUGAUCCUGGCCGACUGUGUGGACGUCCAUCAACUCCUGUCCCGCCACCGAGCCGUGGAGACCGACCUGGACAAGCUGAAGUCGGCCUCCUCGCAGUCGGAGCUGGUGGAGUGCUCGCGCCAGCUGGGCCGCUCGGCCGCCGAGCUGGCCGCGGCGGCGGCGCGGCGCCAGCACGAGCUCAAGGAGCCGCGCAUGAAGGACGAGCUGGCUGCGGCCCGCGCUGUGCUCAAGAAGCACUCCACCAUGCUGCUGACAGCUUCCAAGGUGUACGUGCGGCACCCGGAGCUGGCGGCCGCCAAGGCCAACCGCGACUACGUGCUGCGCGCCGUGUGCUCGGCCGUCGACACCAUCGCCUGCGUGGCGCAGGGCCGCGCGCUGCCCGGCAACACCCCCGCCGGAGGCAACGCCCGCCCACCAGUGGAAGGCCCUGGUGAGCUCGCCCAAGCCCUGGACGACUUCGACGAGCGCAUGGUCAUGGAGCCCCUCGCCUACUCCGAGCUGAGGACCAGACCCUCGCUGGAGGAGCGGCUCGAGUCCAUCAUCUCCGGAGCGGCCCUCAUGGCGGACAGCUCCUGCACCAGGGACGAGCGGCGCGAGCGCAUCGUGGCGGAGUGCAACGCCGUGCGCCAGGCGCUGCAGGACUUGCUGCACGAGUACAUGACCAACGCCGGGAAGCCAGAGCAGUCGUCAGGGCUGGAGCGCGCCAUCGAGAACAUGUGCCGCAAGACCCGCGACCUGCGCCGCCAGCUGCGCAAGGCCGUGGUCGACCACGUCUCCGACAGUUUCUUGGAGAGCAACGUGCCGCUGCUUGUACUGAUGGAGGCGGCCCGCAACGGGCACGAGAAAGAAGUCGAGGAGUACGCCAUCGUCUUCACCGAGCACGCCAACAAGCUGGUCGAGGUGGCCAACUUGGUGUGCUCGAUGUCGAACAACGAGGACGGCGUGAAGAUGGUGCGCCACGCCGCCGGACAGAUCGAGGCGCUGUGCCCGCAGGUGAUCAACGCCGCGCGCGUGCUGGGCGCCCGCCCCCGCUCCCGCGUCGCUCAGGAGAACGCCACCGCCUUCGCGCGCGCCUGGGAGCAGGCGGUGCGGCUGCUCACCGAGGCCGUGGACGACAUCACUACUAUCGACGACUUCCUGGCCGUCAGCGAGAACCACAUCCUGGAGGACGUGAACAAGUGCGUGGUGGCGCUGCAGGAGGGCGACCCCGACUCGCUGGAGCGCACCGCCGGCGCCAUCCGCGGCCGCGCCGCCAGGGUGUGCUCCGUGGUCACCCAAGAGAUGGACAACUACGAGCCGUGCAUCUACACCAAGCGCGUGCUAGAAGCCGUCACAGUGCUCAGAGACCAAGUGAUGUCAAAGUUCGCCGUCCGCGUUGACGCGGCGGUGUCGGCGCUGGGCGGCGGCGCCGGGCUCGACGAGAACGAGUUCAUCGACGCCUCGCGUCUCGUCUACGACGGCGUCCGUGAGAUACGCCGCGCCGUGCUCAUGAACCGGGAGGAGGAAGACCUAGACCCCGAGGACGUGGAGCUAGACGAGCACUACACUCUGGAGACUCGGAGCAAAUCGAGCGCACACACCGGCGAACAUGGUGUGGACGAGUACCCUGACAUCAGCGGCAUCACGAACGCCAGGGAAGCCAUGCGCAAGAUGACAGAAGAAGACAAACGCAAGAUCCUGCAGCAGGUGGAGCUGUUCCGCCGCGAGAAGAUGACCUUCGACAACGAGGUCGGCAAGUGGGACGACGCAGGCAACGACAUCAUCACGCUCGCCAAGCACAUGUGCAUGAUCAUGCUCGAGAUGACGGACUUCACCAGGGGCCGCGGACCUCUCAAGACCACUAUGGACGUCAUCAACGCCGCCAAGAAGAUCUCCGAAGCCGGUACCAAGCUAGAUAAACUCACAAGGGAGAUCGCUGAACAGUGUCCAGAAUCGUCGACCAAGCAGGACUUGCUUGCAUACCUCCAGCGCAUCGCCCUGUACUGCCACCAGAUACAGAUCACCAGCAAAGUGAAGGCCGACGUGCAGAACAUCUCUGGAGAGCUCAUUGUCAGCGGGCUCGACAGCGCGACGUCGCUCAUCCAAGCGGCCAAAAACCUUAUGAACGCCGUGGUGCUCACGGUGAAGGCGUCCUACGUGGCAUCCACCAAGUACACACGACAGGGGACUAUUGCAUCCCCGAUAGUGGUGUGGCGCAUGAAGGCGCCCGAGAAGAAGCCGCUGGUGCGGCCCGAGAAGCCCGAGGAGGUGCGCGCCAAGGUGCGCCGCGGGAGCCAGAAGAAGCAGCCCAGCCCCGUGCACGCGCUCGCAGAGUUCCAGUCGCCCGCCGAGAGCGUCUAGGGUGGAGAAGCUGAUUACCACCACGCAUCAACAUCACGAAGUAGAAUUAUACACAUUUGUUCAACUUUUAAGCUCAUAUUUAUAUUCCAAAAGUGUGAUUUUUUUUAAUGUAUUGGAAAGAUAUUUUUUAAAUUUUUAUUAAAAUUAUUUAAUCUUAUUUCGAUGAGAAAUAUGUAAUCAUAUAUUGUAUGACUUCUAUGUAUGUUGUUUAUUAAACCCACAGAUAGCCAGCCAAUGCGAAUAUAAGUAACCAGCAACAAGCAUGCUGCAGCUCAAUCUUAAAAUAUCAAAAAUUAUAGUAUUAUUUGACAAUAAUAACAUUUGACUACUAAUAAUAUUUUCACACUUCUAUCAACUAUUCGCAUAUGCUAUCUGUGCUUGAAUAAUGAAAUCAUUUAAGUUUCCAAAAGACUUUAACUUUAGGUUAAAAGGUUAAAUAUACUUUAAAUCAAAUUAUUUCAAUCGAUUAUUUUUCUGCUGACUAUACUACAAUGUUUAAAAUUAGGGAAAAAAGGGGUCAAGUCCGAUUUUUAGCAUUUAAAAGGAGUUAAUCGAUUUUGAAGUGUCUUUUUAUUGAUUAACACUUUUGAAAAAUAAGUCACGGCAAAUAUGUAAUUUUGUAACAAUAUUAAUUUGCUUUCAUAAGUAAUAAUUACUGAUAUUUAAAAAGCGUUUUUCAAUAAAACAUGUCAAGAUUGUUUACCUUAUUUCUUAUGCUAAUAAAACCACAGAAAAAAUAAUAGUACCACCGUACAGAAAGGAAACUUCCUACAAAACCGAAGUUUGACAGCGAUUCAGACACGAAUAAUGCUAUCCCUUUCGGCUAUUUAGGGUUGUCAACAUUCAUGUAACUAUCUUAUCUGUGGUUGUGCACGCAAAGGAACGCCAAGUUGUGCCAACCCUAAUAAUUGCUCGGAGCAAAUUUGAGCCGAACGCAGCCGAGAAUGCCCGAACGCUCUAGUUUCCUCCCCCUAAUAAAACGAACUAUAGUUAGUAUAGCUUAGUUACUGAAUUAUCGAGGUCCGCUCAAGGUGAUUCAAGCGAUUUUUUUUUCAAACAUUGUUCAUCCCAAUUGCGUAGAUAUUCAUACGUUUCGUUAUAUAUUUCUCAUCCUUUAAGUAUGUUUUUCGAUUCGGUGUAACAGAUACAAGGAAGCUAUCAAUGAUUGUGUGACGCCUAACGUACAAUAAGGCAGCCAAAUUUUAGAUCAAGUAGAAUUUUGUAUCACGUAGGUAAAUUAUACUUUAUACCGUUACAACAAAAACUACAAAGUGAAAAAAGUUAUCGGGUUGAGGCCAACUUGCAAAACAAAAUUUUUAGAAUUUUCAGUUACAGAUAAUAUUUGGGUGGAUCAUCUUGUUUUCGAUGUUAUUCUGCGCCUAUGGCGACCAUAGUGUGAUAGAAGAUAUGUUAUACGCUAAUAUGCUACUCAUAAGUAGGUGACCUAUUAAGGAAUAAUAAAUAAUAUUGUAGGACAUUAUUACACAAAUUGACUAAGUCCCACACAAUAAGGCUUGUGUUGAGGGUAUUUAGACAAUGAUAUGUAUAAAUACUUAUAUAUAUAAAAAACACCCAUUACUCAGGAACAAAUAUCCAUGCUCAUCACACGAAUAAAUGCCCUUACCAGGAUUUGAACCCGGGACCAUCAGCUUCGUAGGCAGGGUCACUACCCACUAGGCCAAACCGGUUGUCUAAGGAAUGGACUUAAACUGGAGUAAAAAAUAUGAUUAGUUGUUUUAAACACCAUUAACAGUUGUCGGGGUUAUGGUUGCCACUCGGAGUGAAGGAACUGCUAAUUUAAUAUCGUAUAUUUUAUUAAUAUGUUAUGCACAUUAGAAAGAUUUUUUCGAGCAGUUUAAAAAGUAUCGCGGGCUUUUUAACUUGAUAUACCGCGGUGUAGCGUCUAAAACCCCGAUCACUGACCAUAAAACAAGGGGCAACGAGUGACAAUAAAAGCUGAUUCACCCAUAGUUUUUAACUAUAAAAGAGCAAUGAAAACCCUGAAAACGGGGCAGUUUUUAUUGAAUUUUCCACACAUAGUGAACCGUUUCGGAUGCUCAUACGUGUAGUUUGUUUUAACGGUGUAAAGUUUGUAGCAUAUUUAAAUAUAAGUAUGAAUUAACGAAUGUAACGAAAAGUAUUAAAAUUUACAUUAAGGUCGUAAGAAA